AUGGUAAGUCACUUCAAAUGCACACUUGCACCAUUGCUGACCUCCCAGGCACCGAAAACCAUUAUCAACACGCAGAAGCAGGCCGCCAUCCUCGCAUGGCUCCAAAAGACUGCACUCGCGUACAGCCUCAAGGAUCUGGAGAAGCUGGUGCCCUCAGUCACCUCCAUCAACGGCAUGGCUGUGAAAGACUACAUGCAGGCGCUUCAAGACGAUUCCCAGAUCAACGCUGAAAAGAUCGGCAACGGAAACUGGUACUGGUGCUUCCCGAGCGAGGCCAAGAAGAAAAAGGAGACUGCGUUGGCAAAGGCACAAGAAGAGCACGACAAGGCUAAUGCUACGGCUGCGGAGUUGCAGGCGAAGGUGGAUCUAGCUGGCGCUGCACAAGCCGAGGAUGAAGAACUCCUCGCGGAGACAGCAGGCGAGGAUCGCAAGACGCUCAUCGCGAAGCACGACGAGCUCACCAAGGAAGUCGAGAAGCUCCGCAAAGAGCUCGCUGCAUACAGCGAGUACGAUCCGGUCGAGCUGGACAAGAAGAUUGAAGAAAUCAGACAAUCACGAGCCGCCGCAGAGAAGUUCACUGAACACAUCUACUGCAUGGAGAGCUGGCUGAAAGCGCGGGUGCCGGAUCGAGAAAGCCAGAUUGGCGCUUUGAAGGAAAUCUACGGCGACGAGUGGGAUGAUGAGGAUGGAGGACUCCGGGAGCUCUGA